GUUUCUACAACUAACAUUAUUAUGAACGCCAAAAUGCGGAAAAUUUAAAAGAAAAAUAUCAACAAGAUACUUAAAAAUCGUAUUGUUUGUGGCCCCGCAGUGCCGGGUGACUGCGGUGGUUUUGUCUUCAUGCCAAAUUUAGGGGGAAAUUGGCGUUUUCUAGAGUCCCUUGGGUGCGGGGGCAUUUGGCGGGGUUUUACCAGCAGAUUGUCCCGACAGGGAGGAGACUUUGGCUGGACCGAAAGUCCCCGCUAUUUCCCGGACCUGGGGGGGCCUUGGUUAUUAAUGACUGGUGCAUAAUUAAAUAAUGUGAUCAAGGUAGCAUAACUGCUGACAAUGUCAGUCACUGAUGAGAGUAUCGAGGCUCGUAUAGCGGUACUGGAUGAGCUUGCGCAGUGCCACACAGACUGUUACGACGAUAGUGGGAAAAUCAGUACAUCCCUUCUUUCACGAGAAGGACUGACGGAUGCGUUGCUGACGCUGUAUGAGGAGUGCUGUAGAUACAGACUUCUUACCAACAAACAUGUGGCCGCCUUUGUAGCAAAAUAUGGAAAGACGAUUGACGAGUUACGAAAGCUUCGCAUUCAAGUGUCAGACUUUGAAGUGAAGGACAUAAUUGGGCGGGGACAUUUUGGAGAUGUACAGGUGGUCAGGGACAAGCACACAGAGACAGUUUAUGCCAUGAAGACACUCCGUAAACACGAAACUCUUUCCCAGCCAGAGAUAACGUUUUUUGAGGAGGAACGUGACAUAAUGGCCAAAGCAACAAGUCCCUGGAUCACCAAGCUUCACUAUGCUUUCCAGGACAGCCUAGCUCUCUACCUCAUAAUGGAGUUCCACGCUGGAGGUGAUCUUCUUUCCCUUUUAUCCCGACAUGAUGACAUCUUUGAGGAGAAAAUGGCUCGCUUUUACCUCGCUGAGAUUGUCCUCGCCUCAAACGACCUACAUAAGAUGGGAUAUGUUCACAGAGACCUGAAGCCCGAAAAUGUCUUAAUUGACUGUACAGGCCAUAUAAAACUGGCAGACUUUGGAUCAGCUGCCAAGUUGUCUGCGGCUGGAACGGUAAGCUCUAAAAUGCCAGUUGGUACGCCAGACUAUGUUUCACCAGAGUUGCUUAACGCCAUGAACAGUGACACAGUCAAUACAUACGGUCGAGAAGUAGAUUGGUGGUCCCUUGGGGUGUGUAUGUACGAGAUGUUGUUCGGGAAAACUCCAUUCACUGACGAGUCAGGAUCCAUGGUUGCUACUUAUUCAAACAUCAUGAAUUAUAAGGCAUGUCUGAAGUAUCCAAGCUCUCCCUUCAUCUCGUCAGAGGCCAAAAGCCUGAUGGGAGGCCUUCUGCAAGAUACGAACAAGAGGCUGGAUUAUGCUGCAAUAAGGAAACAUCCAUUCUUCAAACUCACCAACUGGGAUAGGAUCAGAAUUGAAACUCCGCCAUUCGUUCCCCAACUACAGGGUUUAGACGAUACGUCAAAUUUUGAAGAGUUUGAGAAGAUAAAAAGCCCUCCACUGUUUGAUGAUCACAAGAACGAGAAGGAAUUCUCUGGAAAAGAUCUACCGUUUGUUGGAUUCACAUACGUGGAAAAGCUUAAUUCCAAUGACAAGAGCAAGUCCAGUCUAUCAGCCAAAACAGACAAAUUAGACCUAAGUGUGCGCCAGUCAAUAGGCGGUGUGCGCCAGUCUAUAGGUGGCGAUGUCAGCACAUCAGUUCGGGAGCUCCAGCGUCUACGAGACAAGUGCAAGCUACUUGAGGAGUCGGAAUGCACGUUGCGCUCGAGCGUUGAUCACUUAAAGUUUGAACUGGGUGAUCGGGAAGAUAUGGUGGACAAACUGACACGUGAGAGCCAGACUUACCAGAUGGAUCUGGAGACCUACAUCGCCAAAUCUAACCGUCUGAGCAAGCAGAUUGAAGUUAUGAUAGAGGAGAGAGCGUCGAUGGAGGUAAUGCUAGGAAAGAUUAAGUGUAUGAACUCUGAGGCUGAACUGAUCGAAGGAGACCUUCAUAAGAUGCAGAUGGAAGAGCUUGAGGACAUCGUAGGGCAGUUGCAAGAAGAGAAAAAUGCCCUGACCCGGCGCUUGAGUCAACGAGACCAGCAGAUAGCCACAUACAGGGAGCAGCUGGAGAUUGCGCAGAAACAGGCCUCUAAGCUGCAGUUUAGGAUGGACAAGGAGCGUCGUAAAUCGAGCGACUUACAGCGUCGUGAUCUUGCAUUAUUGGAGAGCCAGGAUGAAAGAUGGAAGGGAGAAUUGGAGGAUAAAACGCACGAGAUACACGAGCUGUACAAGAGAAUCUCUGAGCUGGAAGAGUUGAUCGAAGCCUAUGAGGGCCAGGAGAAGGAGUUUAUGGAGAGGGAGCAAGCUCUUAGGCAGAAACUCUCCAGUCAGGCUGACUCAGGGACAGAUAACCUGGAUAUUCGUGUUAGAGUCACAACAUCGCCUAACAAGGACAGCAGGGUUUCAGAAAGAAUCAAGGAGUUGGAGGGUAUUGUUGAUAAACAAGAGCAUGAUUAUGAAGUUUGGCUGGAGAGAGAACAUGAGUAUAAGGACACCAUUGAGAAACUGAAAGAAGAGCUCGAGGCCAGAUCAGAGAAAGCAAGAUUAAGUAGUGAGGUCCGAGAAACCAUGGCAACACAAGUACACAUGUACAAGGAAGAGGUGCACAGUCAAAGGGAGAUCAUUAAGGAGUUGAGAGAGAAUGUCCAGCUGGUGUUGUCAGAAAACACUCCCAACAAUACAGAGAGGAAAUCUGCCUUGGAAAAACAGAUUAAAGGCUUGGAGGAGCAGAUUGAGUGUUACCGCGAUGACAAGCGUCACCUGAUGUCAGAAGUGAGCCGUUUCCGAGAGGAGAGCGGUGACAGGCAGUUUAAGAUUGCUGAGCUUGAAAGGACGACCUCUCGACAGAGUUGUAAGAUUGAGCGACUAGAACGUCAACUAGAGAAAUCUCGGGAAAAGGAGAUAGACUUGAGAUUGAAGAGAAGAGAACUCACUGACAUCAGAAUUAAGAUUGCGGAAGAAAGAAUUGCAGAUGUGGAAAAGGAGAAAUUUAAACUGGAAAGACAGCUAAAAGACAUUACAAAACAGCUUGAUGAGUUAAAAGACAAACAGACUGAUCUUAGUGAUAAGGCUAUGUCCACAACAAGUAAAGUCAUGGUUGAAAAUCUCGAGUUGAAGACUAAGAUGGAUGAUGUAAAUAGAAAUGUUGAAAAAAUGGAAAAGCAGAUUUCCAAGUGUGAGAGACAUAUUGGUGAACUUGAAGAAGAUAUUGCUGCAAAGAAUAAAGAACUGGCUCAUCUGAAAACAGUUAGAACUGAAAAACAGGAACUGGAAAGAAAAGUCAUGGAUCUUGAAUUUGAUCUUAAACAAAAGGAAAAGAAAGUUUUAGAAACAUCAGAAAAAGAGCAGCAAGUGACUAAAUUGGAAAGAGAAAAACAGAAUUUUGAAACUAAGAUAAAAUCUAUGGAGAAUGAAAUACAAGAAAUUAAAUGCAAGGAAAGGUCAGUUACAAUGCGGAGAUCAAAAAUGGAAGAUGUUGAAGACCUAAAGCAGGAGAAGAGGUUUCUGGAGAGUAAGGUGUCCAAUUUGCAGAGACAGGUCGAGAAUGCAGACCAGAAGACGCUCAAGCUGGAAAAAGAACUUGGUAGUGCUAAAGAGGCGGCGGAGAAAGUUAAAGUGUUAGAAGCAGAAAUCUCCAUACUGAAAAAGGAGCAGUCAAGACUUCAAGACGAACUUCAGUCAGAGAGAGUGACACACGAGAAACAGCUGAAGUCACAGGCAAUGUCAAGGAGGGAUGCUCAGAUUGCAGAAGACAACCUUGAUAAGGAGAAAGAGAAGAAUGAUUCAGUUCGAUCCAGGCUACAAAAGGAGCUCCAUGAAUCCAACCUGGCCCUCAGUGAGGCUCGGUCUCUACUCUCAGCCACACAGCGCCAGGAGAAGGCCACUAGGGACACUCUAGAGGGUGAUAUUAGAGAGCUCAGACAGAGGAUAUUCCUGCUAGAGAAAGAGAAAGGUCUGAAUGAGGACAAUAAUAAGAAAGAGGAGGCAGAGAAAGCCGCAGCGCAAUGCGAGGCCCUGGAAAAGCGUGUCAAGGAAGCAGAAUCCCGGGUAGGGGCCUCACAGCGGGAGAAAACAGCAGGACUCAUGGAGAGACAGCUCCUCAAGGACAGCCUGGCACAGAAGGAACACCAGUGUCAGCUAGAGGCACAGAAAGCUGAUAAGUACAAGAGUAUCUGUACAGAGCUUGAGGCCCAGAUUCGUGACUUGGAGGCCCUGACAGGGGAGUUUGAAGAGAGGGAGGCCCAAUGGAAACGUGAGAGGGCCACAUACGAGAAAGCUGUAGAGGAACGGGAAAAUGACUUAGAAGGGGCGAACCAGAGGCUUAAUGUGCUCAAACAGUUCAGGCAGAACUCAGCUGAGAUGGCAGCAGGUGUGAAAGACCAGCUCGAGAAAGCCCGCCUGAAACACCAGGCGGACAUUGACACACUUAAGAGACAGAUGGCAGAUAUCAACAAGGAAACACAGAGGCAACACCUACGGGUUUCAGACUUGGAGAGUCAGAACAGCAAGCUUCACUCUCUGGUGGAUCAACAGAAGGCCGUGCUGACAGCCAGUGAUGAGGAAAAUAGGAGACUGAAGGAAGAGAUUAGUAAGGUAUUAACGGAGAACCAAGAAACAAAACGGUCCAACCUAAAAUUGCGGCAGAACCUCGAGGAAGCUGUUGACAAGCUUGAGCUCAUCUUCGGAGAGAAAAUUGACCUUGAAAACUUCACUGAGGCGCUACAGGGCCUUCAUUUCCUUGAGAAGUAUCGCUUUGAGAGCACAAUUGACCAACAGAUGAAACUGAUAGAUUACCUACAGGAGCUCUGGCAGGACAGUAUGGCCAACAAGAAAAAGAAGGGCGGGAAGUUUUUUGCCAAGUCCGGAGGCAAGGAUGCUAUGGGCACAUUACCGGUAAUGGGGGACCUACAGACAAUUCUAGAUAAUGAGCUGAAGAAAUCUCGUCAGCUUCAGGAACAACUGGACAGGCUUCGAGCGGAAAACUACAAGCAGGCAAAUGAGUUGUUGAAGCUAAAGGGAACUCUAAGAGAGAAAAUGGUUGCGGAUUCUACUAACAUGAUGACCCCGAAUAUCAAAGCCCAGGUCCAAGUGCUGAUUCGAACCCCAGCCCCACAUCAGACCAGUGGCAAACCUCUAUUGACCCCUAGCGUGAAGAAAUCCCAUCAGGCACUUGCAUUGUCAUCUGCUCCAACGCCACAGCGGAUUCAGCACAAGAUUCCGCACCGGUUUGUGACUGGGCUGAAUACAAGAGCCACCAAGUGUGGUGUGUGCCUGGGUAGUGUCCCCUUUGUGAAACAGGCAUCCAAAUGUCAAGAAUGUUCCAUGGUAUGCCAUGUGAAGUGUUCUAACAUUGCCCAGCCGACAUGCGGUCUCCCCACGGAAUAUGUCCGCCAUUUCACCUCCAUGAUGGAUAAGGGGCCAGCCCCGUCGCCUCGCAACACUGUGGGAUCCCCUUUGGAAGGGGGCGAAGAGGGGAUUUCGAUGACUGGCUGGCUCAAGGUACCAAGGAGCAGUAAGCAACCUGGGUGGGAAAGACGCUAUGCCAAAAUGGAAGGCAACAUACUUCUCCUCUUCUACGAGGAUAACGACGCCAAUCCAUGCGACACAUUUGACCUUGUCCCCCCUGAGACAGAUGUUACCGUACACAGUGCAGUCAGUGCUGCUGAGUUGCCGAGUCUAGCAAAUAGUGACCUGCCAUAUGUGUUUCGAUUGGAGCAUGAGCCAUUGACGACAUGUUGGCCGGGCAGGGUUCUUUAUCUUAUGGCCCCGGGAUUCCCUGAGAAACAACAAUGGGUGGCGAGCUUGGAGGCCGCCAUCAAACACCUCCAGAAGGGGGACAAAGUUAAACGCUCAAAGAUGGAGAUGACCACAUUACUGGACCUGAGCGGAGAUCAGAGACUUGAACUCAACUGUUCACUGCUCCUUAGCAAGCAGUUGACGUUACUUGGAGCAGAUGAGGGCCUGUUUGCGGUGAAUGUUACCCGUGAUCCUCCUGUUCUCACAAAACUAAACACCUUCGAGAGCGUCCACCACCUUAAGUUUAUUCCUCAACUUAGCCUUAUUGUCCUUAUUAUGGGCAAAGAUCGACGUAUUCUCACAAUUGACAAGAAGCUCAUUCAGUUACGCCUGGGGCAGUCAAGCGGGGAGGAGACCCAGCCUGUCCACCAUAAUGUUGUCAGUGACGUGGUCGGGUGCACGGUGUUUGACGUCGGGAUGUGCGGGGACGCGGUGUACAUGGUGGUCGGCAUGACGGAGAAGAUCCUAGUCAUGAAGUAUAACCCUGAGCUGAGGCAGUUUUGUGUUAGGAAGGAGUUAUCCUCAAUGGAGCCAUGCAGCUGUGUAAUUGUCGUGGAAGGCUUUGCCAUCGUUGGUACUGACCGAUUCUACAAGAUCAAUCUGGAUCAUCCCAGUUUGCUGGAGUUUGUGGACAAGAAGGACAGCUCUCUGGCAUUUGCUGCGUUUGGAGCGGCCACCCAUCACAGCUACCCUCUGGCUGUGGUGCAAGUCUCACCUGAAGGCCUGCCAUUAGAGUUUCUGCUCUGUUUCCAUGAGUUUGGUGUGUAUGUGGACAACAAGGGAAGAAGAAGCCGGCCCGCUGACAUGAAGUGGAGUUGUCUACCUCUCUCUCUAGCAUACAAAGAGCCAUUCCUGUAUGUGACAUAUUUCACCAGUGUCCAAGCCAUCACUGUCCCAGCCAGUAAGCAGGAAAUCAGGGGCAAGCAGACAUCUAUCGACCUUGUGGGACCUCGAUAUCUGGGCGUUGCUCUGGAACCCUGCACGGUAUUUGUGGGUUCGAGUAACGGGGUGACCACCCAAAUGCUCAGUCUACGGGGCAAGGACGGGACUAUAGAACUUCCCAUCGGCAAAGAGAAUAGACUGGGUGUACGAUCGGCCAAGAAAGGUGACAGUUCCAAGAGCCAAACCUACAAUGUGAACAAGUACAAGUCUCCUCGUCUGUGUCGACGCCUGUCCCUCACCUCCAUCGAUAGUAACAGCAGUGUUUCCUCAUCAUCCACGGUGUCCAGCUACAGCAGUGUUCAGACUGAACUUUAGUUAUUGUUAAAGUUUCCUACAAUGGCUAGAAUUGGCAUUAGUAAUGUACAGACUAAUCUUUGGUAUUAGGAAAUGCAGAAAAAAAUGGUGGCUUAAAUGACCUUUACUGGUGGCAUACAUAACUUUCUGCAAAUGGCCACAAAUACACACAGUUAUGUCUGAAGAGCUACCGGGUAUAUUAAUUAACAGGAUUGACUUUUGCAUUGACCUAUUGUAAUUACUGUAUAAAAGUAUAGGUUUAAUUGUUGUAAUAUUUAAUUUGAAUUAAAAUUAUUUUAUAUGCCUCACAUUUACCAGUAAUAAUAGGGUCAUCUGGUAGGAUAAAGUUUAAAUGUAUUGCAGAUGAUUUUGUUAAUGGACAUGUAAGGGUUAUAUAAUUUGACAAGUCAGUUGUUGUGUAGAGUUUUUUUCUAAAGGGCUGUAUUUAAAUGUUUGAAAUCAAGUGCAUGUUUUACCAGUGUGUUCUUUUGGCUUGCAUGCAUGUUUAAUUUAUCCAAUACAGCCAGUAAAAGUAUGUUUUGGAUAAUAAGCCAUUUCAUGUUUCUUGUUGAUAGUGAAUAUCUUCAAACCACUUCUGUGUUCAACCUUUGCCUUGUAUGUAAUGAAAUUUGGCUAACUGCUGUUCUAACUAUACAGAAACUUUCUGAGUGUAUUGUUGUGCAUGGUUAAAUGGCAAAAUUCUUACAGGAGUAUUUCUUUUUUCUCAAAGUAUCUCCCUAAAAGUAGUCGUACACUUUCUCUGAAUAUUAUGUAUGCAUGUAAUAUGACUUUAUCUUAAAUUAUUUUUUUUCUUUUAAUUCAUUUUUUUUAUUCCUGUGUAUCAUAUUGUUGUUGUCUUCUUCAUUUCGUAUUGCUUUUAUUGGGUAUCUCUUGUGUAUAUUGUGCCUUAUUUAUAAUCAUUAUAAUGUCAUAUUUGUUUAAGACGCAAUACAGACCUAUGAAUGUCAUCGUGUGUCUGUUUUUGGAAUAAACAC